GAUAUUUAUUAUUAAUAAAGAAUCUUUUCUUUUUCUUCAAUUUUAUUAUUUUUUCUGCAAUGAAAAUCAUGAUACAAAAAGGACUGAUAUGAAAUAAAAGAAUGUAAAGGCAGUUCAUUAUUCAACUAUCGAUUUCAAAAGGCGCAUAAAAGAGAAUAACACCAAUAUUAUCCCCGCCUGCUUCUCAAAUCACCUAACACCUACAGCCAACACAAACAUCAACCGCGAGUUUUAAAAUGGAGCUUAGCAGUAGCUUUAAAACCCUAAACGCAAUAAAUCCAUUACCCUUCAGUUUCCGGUCAAGAUCAUUUCCUUUUCGUCCCUUUUACUUAACCCAAUUCAUAAGCAAACACUCCCACUCGUCUCUCUCCUUCUCCAAACGAUUCUCUACUCUCUGUUCUGUGUCUGAUAAUGAAAAUGGGAAUUCUCUGCCACAUGGAGUUGGCGAAGCUGUUAGUGGAGUCUCCAGAAAUAAGCUUCUUCAAGUUGUAUUAGUGUCUCCUCAGAUUCCGGGAAACACAGGUUGCAUUGCCAGAACGUGUGCAGCAUCAGCUGUUGGGCUACACUUAGUUGGGCCCUUAGGAUUCCAAGUUGAUAGUACAAAAUUAAAGCGCGCUGGAUUGGACUACUGGCCAUAUGUGGUUGUGAAAGUUCACGAGUCUUGGACAGAGUUUCAAGACUAUUUCAGACAACAGGAAGGUGACAAGCGUUUGCUGGCAUUUACUAAAAGGGGAACCGCAACUCAUUCAGAAUUUCUGUAUAGAAAAGGUGAUUAUCUCAUAUUUGGCUCAGAAACAAGUGGCCUACCACCUGAAGCCUUGCAGGAUUGUAAAAAUGAACCAUUUGGUGGCGGAACCAUUCGGAUUCCCAUGAUUGAAACUUAUGUUCGAUGCCUGAAUCUGUCUGUAAGUGUUGGCAUUGCUUUGUAUGAAGCCUCAAGACAGUUAAAUUAUGAGCAGCUUAAAUUCCCUUCAGAAUCUUGGACCGACAAUGAGCAAUCGUUUAUUAUUGAGGAUAUUUUUGCAUGAUUUGACUGUAAAUUAUUUUGUGACAAGUACAUUUUUGGGUUUGAAAAGAAUUGAUCAUUCAUCAUAUAAUAAUUUCAAUUUUGGUA